AUACGUGUGGUAUGUGAAAUUGCCCUUACCUAACUAUCUACCAAGUAGAAGAGUGCGGUUAUUCACAUAUAAAAGAUGAUUGCUUGUCCUGAUUGUCCCUAUAUAUAUUUUUUAAUAAGUACAUAAAACUACCAAGACGUAUCACAAUAAAAUAAAUACUACAUUUAUGAGAAAACAAUCUGAGCAAGGUAGAGUAAUGCGGAGUGCCACUAACUGUCAUGUGCAGCCUACACGACUCAAACAGCCAGGCUACGAAGGGGCUAGCAUUAGCCAGGCAGUGCUGUUUGUAUUGCAGACAAAGCGGGACAUUUAAGUACUACAGUAUUAAUUGUUUACCAGUAGCACUUCUCCCACUGGUGUAAACAAUGAUACCGCAUUGUUCCGGGAGACUAACGCAAUAAAAACGGCAGCCGGACGACAGGCCGCUAAUGGAGCCGGGGACCUGGCGUGAAAUUCCGAACGCCGCGUGGUGCCCUAAACCGACCGGUUUGCGGGAGGAGACCCCAGGGGAAGAGGCGGAAGGCGGGGACGGGAGCACCGUGAUGCUGAAGCGAAGAGGAGUUGACGAAGACACCGCGGAGGAGGUGAAAGCGCAGUGUGAGGACGACGAGAAGCAUUUUAAAGCCGGAGGGGAAGACGAUGCUGGCAAACACGAGGAGGAACUGGACCCAAGAAUUCAGGAGGAGCUGGAGCACCUCAACCAGGCCAGCGAUGAGAUCAACAAGCUGGAGCUGCAGCUGGAUGAUGCCAGGUCCAGCUACAGGAGGAUUCUUACUGAUUCUGCCAGGAAGCUCAAUGCUCAGGGCUCCCAGCUCGGUGCCUGCAUUGAGAAAGCAAGGCCCUACUAUGAAGCCCGAAGACUUGCCAAAGAGGCCCAACAAGAAACCCAGAAGGCAGCUCUGAGAUAUGAGAGGGCCGUAUCCAUGCACACUGCUGCCAGAGAGAUGGUUUAUGUGGCAGAGCAGGGCCUCUUGGCUGACAGGAACACCAUGGACCCAACCUGGCAGGAGAUGCUCAACCAUGCCACUGCCAAGGUGAACGAGGCAGAAGAGGAGCGCCUCCGCAGUGAGCGGGAGCACCAACGAGUCACACAGCUCUGCCAGGAUGCAGAGGCUCGAGUCCAGACCCUCCAGAAAACCUUGAAGAAGGUCAUCCUCAAAUCCAAACCUUACUUUGAACUCAAGGCUCAGUUCAAUCAUAUUUUGGAGGAACAUAAGGCUAAAGUAGUACAGCUGGAGGAGCAGGUGGCAAAAGCAAAAGCUCGUUACUCUGUGGCUCUGCGGAACCUGGAGCAGAUCAGCGAGCAGAUCCAUGCACAGAGGGGGCGAAUCACGGCCAGCAGGGCCCAUCCUGAAGUCUGCGGGGGACGGAGCUCCCCAGUGGGUGCUGAGGCUGAGGUCAGAGUCGCCAUCGGGAUUCACAUCAGUAGCUGUGCGGGAGUCGGUGGGAUAGAGAGUGACUGGGCGGACGGUGAGAAAACCAGGCUUUGGGUGGAGAGGCACAGAGAGAGUGGCUGGGGACAGAGGGAGCGACUAGAGGCGGAGCAGGCCGGCUCAGACUGCGCGUCAGUCAUUAGCCUGCAGACCAUCGCCUCUGACCUGGAAAAGUGUGACUCGGUGGAGCACCUGGGUGAGCUGAGUGACACGGGGAGCGUGCUGGGUGAGGAUUGGGACCGCAACAGGAAACCUAAUGAGAGGCCAGUCGGCGGGGAGGUGGUGACCGAGGGGCCCCAGGAGGCGGGGGUCCACCAUGAGAAGGGAGUGGUUGGUAAAGAGAAGCAGGAGAGUUUUGUCAAGCAGCACCACAGGAGUGUUAGUCUAUGAUGGUGAACAGAAGGGAACUGAUGAGUGAUGACGAGUCAGGAUCAGGGCGAGUGUGUGAUGAGGGAUCAGAGAGGAAAUUAGAAAGGAGAGAGAAAGCAGGAAUGUGAAUGGAGAGCAUGACAGUGAUUGACACAGCGCCGCAGUAACUUCAGUUAGGAAUAGCAGGUACAUUGGCUACACUAAUGAAUCUCUAUGUGACAGCAAUAAACAGAGAGAGCAGUCUUGCAGACUCUCUGACCUCCCCUCACACCCUUUACAGUGUCUGAUCCAGUCUGUUGCUCCACACGUUGAAACCUCAACAAAAAUGCAUGAGGAAAACUAAUCUGUAGAGUACAAACAGGCAAUUUAGAAACAUUGUACGCAUGCUACUGUUUAAUGUGCUUGAUUUAAACAUAGUUGUUCUCUGCAUUAACAUGGUUAGCCCUGCCACAGCUAUAACAUCAUCAAGGAUUAGGGUAUCCCGGCUCUCUUUCCUCUCCUCCUGGGCCAAUGACAGCACCCAUCAUAGUGCCUAGUCCGAUUGAUCUGGCUGGGUAGAUCUACUCAUGGUCCGCUGCUGUUUUAUCCUAACCCUGGCUUCCUUUUCCGAUGAAUGUAUAAUGUGUUUCAGCAAUAAAGCCGAAAAAUAAAAGAAUAACAGAUGAAAAUAUAGUGGAGUUUGAAGGAGCUACCUUGCUAUCUGCAAAAUCUCCUGAUCCAGUUGAACAAUUUUGGCUUAGCCUUUUAAAUCAAAUCCAACAAGACAUCAUUCUUUGAUGUUUCAGCAAUAAAGUUGGAAAAAAAAUAACAGAUUAAACAAAAAAGUAGCGCCGUUUGAAGGAGCUACCUGCCGCAUCUUCACACCGCAUUGCCAUAGCAAUAACCUUGACUAUUUGAGCUGACUAAUCAUUCUGCACGAUUGUUAGAUUCCACAGUCAAGGCAAUAAGCCAAGUACAUGAAACAAACCAAAUCCACACUUCCACACACAGUUUGAGGUUUUCCUCAAACUGUGACUGGAGAAUUAGUGCCCCAACUAUUUAUUACUAUUACUAAUUAUUGAUGAGCUCAGCUUCUAAUAUUCAUAUAAUGGUAGUGAAUGGCCUUUUUUUUUGGCGAGUUUUGUAAAUUAGGUUAAAAUCUACAUGUGGAUGGAAACCUGGCUAAUGUUAGAAAUGUCACAACAAAUAAGUGCAUUUGCAUCUGGGCUGAGGCAUUAAACUUGUUUACCUGACAACAUGGUUCCAAUGUCAGGGGCUUAUGGGAAAUGAUGCUGUGGAAAUUGAGUCAAAUUUGGUUUUCAAAUGCUCCGUAAAUGCUCCGUACUUGUAUAGCGCCUUUCUAGUCUUUUCGACCACUCAAAGCGCUUUUGCACUACAUCUGCAUUCACCAGUCACACUCACUCAUACACUGGCGGAACAGCCACCAGGCAGGUUUCUUUCGUCCAGCUUUUCUAAUUAAUGAAGAUGCUUGUGUGGAAACAUGGCUUUGUGUUUCCCCAUUGCAUAGUAACUUUGAAAUUAAAAUCAGGUGUCCUUUUAUAUUAAUUAACUGUCUUGAAGCUAACCGUUUUAGAACAAACUAAAGUGUAUAUAGUGUGAAGCGAAAGGUGAAACAUUGUUUCAGAACGCGUACAUGCAAAAACUAUUUGCAGAUUAAUGAUCACCCCUUUGCAAAUGUCCACAUAAUUUUGUUCAGACAUUGAAAUAAACAACAUGGAUAUAGGCCAAGUUGCAAGCAUCACUGCGUGGCAUGACAGGAACAGAAAUAGACAAUUAAAUCGUUAAUUGCAAUUAUUUGAAUGACAAUUAAUCGUCUGCUACAAUUUGAGUCUGUCAAAUGUCAGUUCAACACUGAGAUCCAUCAGCCUCCAGACAAACUAUAGUGACCUUUAGAAGCUGACAGAAACCUGACUGGCACUAGCUGAGAAUAAGGAAAUUAUCCUUUUUUCCUUUUUGUCGGUGACUUUAACCUUAGCAUGUACACUGUGAACAUACGUCUGUGACUGUAACCCACUGCCUUGUUCAGCAUAUGAAUCACUCUAAAUAGAGCUAGACCUGCCAAGCAAAUAUAUCAGCCGAUAUAUAUCAAACAAACCAAAUUUAAGGGAUCCUUCUGAAAAUGUUUGUGUUUUAUGAAAAAAUACUAUAUCCAAUAUGUCAUUAUUAGAUUGUUAAAGUUUUAAAAAUAUUUAUUUUCUCUAGUUUACUGACCUGAAACUAGAGGACCAGGUCUCUGCUGUUGCACAGAUAGCCACAUCCCAUGUUAUGCCAAGGGAAAUAGCUGAAUGUUGAAGUUGGGGAUUUAUUUUUGUUUUAUUUAAAGUGCCUAUGAGUCCUGAUUGGGUUUGGUUAGCCAACAAUGAUUCUACUACUAAUAAACCGAAGAGGUGGAUGCCAGACAUUUACAGUAACACAGAAAUAUAAUAAAAUUAUUUAAAGGAGCAUAAGUUAUAAAUUAGUCAACAGUCUACUUUAACUGGAGAGAGCUAAUAGUCUGACCUUUAUAAAAUGUUCAAGCUGCAGGACUUUAAAGGCAAAGUUUGACACUGAUGAUGACAUUUUCUACAAGUAUUAAUUUAUUACUGGAAAUUAUAUUAUCUGUACUAUAUUGGAAUGUUUCUCCCAGAAGACUGAUGUCAAUGUCUGAAAUAGGUCCUGUGUGUAACUCAAGUUCAGUUUAUUGUCAUUAAACCAUGUUAGACAUGAAGGAACGAAAUUUCAGGUCUACCAGUGUACAGAAUAAAUAACACUUUAAGAUAAACCCUAUAAUAUAAUAGUUAAAAUAACCUAAAACUAUAAUAAAUACAUAGUUCAAACCGUAGAGCAUCGGUAAAGUGCCUCAUGCAGUCACAGCAGUCCAAAAAAGCAAAGGACAGAGGAGCUCUAAGCCAGGGAAUGCAUAAGUCUCACACCCCCUGACAAGAAGCUGCAUGUUAACCUCGUCGUUCUUGCUUUUAAGCUGCACAGCCUUCUGCCUGAGGGGAGGAUGGUAAACGGUUUGUGUGCCGGGUGUGUGGGGUCCUUCAUGAUACCUGACGCUCUGCUUCUGCACCUGCUGACAUAGAUGUCCAUGGAAGGGAGGCUGCUAUUGGUAAUUUAUUUAGCAGAUUUGACCACUCAUGGCAGCACCUUCCUGUCAGCAGCAGAGCAAUUCCCAUACCAAACAGUGAUGGAGGAUGUCAGUAUGCUCUCCACCACACACCGGUAGAAAAAGGUCAGGACAGCAGGGCUGAGGCUGGCCUGCUUCAAGUACAUGCUUUGGUGGGCCUUCUUAAUAAUGCUGGCUGUGUUGGUGGCCCAUGUGAGGUUGUUGGAGAUGUUCAGGCCCAGAUAUUUCAAAGUGGACACCAUCUCCACAGUGGCUUCUGCAGUGAAGACGGGAGGGGGGUAUGGCCUCUCCUCCUGAAGUCCAGAACCAUCUCCUUAGUCUUAGCCCACAUUGAUGCAGAGGUUGUUUGUUCUGUAACAGUCUAUGAGUUCUUCCACCUCUUGCCUGUGCGCUAACUCAUCCUUGUUGGAAGUCCAACCAAAGCCGUGUCAUCUGCAAACUUCACUAAAUGAUUGCUCUGGUACAGAGCAGUCAUAUGUGAGGUGAGUGUACAACAGAGGGCUCAGGACACAUCAUUGUGGGAAGCCGAUAUUUAGUGUGAUGGUGGGAGAUGAGGUUGAUGGAUGAUGAUGGAUCUUAACCAACUGUGGCCUGUUUGUCAAGAAGUCCAGGACCCAGUUGCAGAGAGAUGGGUUUUAGUCCCAACAGCCGCAGUUUGUUGACUAAGGGCUGCAUAAUGAUCGUAUUUAAGGCAGAUGUAAAGGCCAGGAAGAGCAGCCUGACAGAGCAAUCCCUGCAGUCCAGGUGGGUGAGAGCAGAGUGGACGACAGCAGACACUGCGUCAGAAACAGACAGGUUUCUCCUAUAGGCAUACUGAUGGGGGCCACAUUGAUGUUGAUGGUGUCCUUUAUGUGAGCCAGAACCAGCCGUUCAAAGCAUUUCAUGAUCAGUGGAGUAAGGCAAACCGGACUGCCCCUAAAACCACAAAUUGUUACUACAUUGCUGUUUCUGUAAGGAUUAAACAAAAGAGCUACGUGUUAAUUUUGUGUAUUUCUGAACUUUGGACUGAGCCAGGCUAGGCUAACAACGUCCUGACUCCAUCUCCGUACUUAACAUACAGAUAUCAGAUAAAAGUCUGAACAUUUUAAUCCUAAAAAGUAAAGAUUAAAGGUAUUUCUCAUGAUGUUGAACUCGUUAAUAAGUACACAUGUACAGGAUUUGAAUUCUCCAUCAGUGCAGAAGUAGAUGACACUGACUGGCCAAAAAAAGUCCAAUAUCAGCAUGAUAUACUGUUUUGGGAAACUAAUAUAUCAGUGUAAUCCUGAUUAAAUAUGUGAAAUUUAAUUUUAAAUUAUCGAUCGAAUGGUGGGUUGUUUUGACUAAUGUGUGUGUUUUAAAGUUCUCAUUUCAGCACACAUUUACAUUAGUUACUACAUGUAGAGGCGGUGAAAGCUGAAACAGAGGACUUAAACUUAAUAUUCAAACAGUGUUGCGCGUUUACUUUGUUUUGCAAAGCUGUGCUGGCAUUUUAUAUAAAAAAAGUGUGUUUACACAACUGCUGAAUGUUUGCACUUAAUGUCUUUGUUACAUUAAUUAAUGACUUCAUUCUAAACCCUGUUUUACAACUUGGCUGUAGAAAACACUGUGUUAACUGUUUGUUGUACAGUUUCAGAUGUAACAGAUGUACAUUACUACUGAGCAUCAGAUAUUACCUUAGUUAACAUAAAAAUGUUGUUUUAUGGAAUUUCAAUAUUAAAAAGUAUUUAACUUGUGUUGUAAGGGGGGGAUACUGACAUAGUUUUUAUAGUUUCCCAACAUCAUGUUCACAAUUGCAUUUGUGAGUUAAUUCUUGAAGUUGGAUAUAGUAGUUUAACCAUAAACAAUAAAUUCUUAACUCAA